UAAAUUCUCCAGUUGAACUACGAAUCUAAACUGGUGCGCUCUUUGCAGCCGUUAGCCGAAAUUUUAACGUUAGUGUGAAUAGUGUUUUUAGUGAGGUUAGGUUUGCACGAUGUCUCGGCGGUCUGCUUACGGUGCCCGCCUUGACUAUUCUCCGCCGCCACCCACCAACUGCGCUAAGUUCCUUUAUUACACCUGGCGGCUAUGCUCAGUAGUAUUCUCACACUUCGUGAUGAUCAGUCUCGUCGUCGCCUACUGCAUCCUCGGUGCCGUCACCUUUGAACGUCUGGAGUCGCAGCACGAGAGAGAGGUCAAGAAGAAUAUAUCGCAGAUCCGCGCCAAUACGACGUACAGCAUCUGGCAGAUGACGAACCGCGUCUCCUACCUCAGCCAGACAAACUGGACGUCAGACGUUUUGGACAUGCUCAAGGAGUUCGAGAACGCGAUUCUAUUAGAAAUGAAGGUGCGCGGAUGGGACGGCAGCGAAAGUCCCGACCGGCUGCAGUGGACCUUCACCGGCGCGCUCUUCUACUCUAUCGUCGUCAUCACCACUAUUGGGUAUGGGCACAUUGCACCAAAGACACAGAGCGGCAAGGUGGUGACAAUCUUCUAUGCGAUCCUUGGCAUUCCGCUGAUGCUGCUCUGCCUCUCAAACAUCGGAGACGUCAUGGCAUCGUUUUUUCGUUUUAUAUAUUGGCGCGUGUGUUGUUACGUGUGUACCCGGCCACCUAAGGAGCGACCGCAACACCGUAGGCGGACCGCACGGGGCUCCAUGCGCCGCCGCCCCGUGGAGCGCUCGAACUCCGACAGUGGCCCCCGAAGCCGUGCACACGCGCCGCUUCGCAUGAGUCGUCCGCGGCCUCCUCGUCACUUCGACGACGACGAAGAAUUCCCGAAGAUAUCUUUACCACUGCAAGAUUUGCAAGCGGCUUUAAACGAUUUAGAUACGUAUCAAAAACGAGCUUGCGAAGGAGAAGCGAGCAGCACCGCGGCCCCGCGAGGAGGCGGCGGUGAUAGUAACCGUUACCACUGGAGGGAGUUUGGUCGCGAUCUGGACUCACCUGAUAUUCCUGAGCUGCCCGACUUGCCCGGGCCACCACACGUUGCCAGAUGCGAUCGCGGCAGAUCGGAGUAUUUCUCGCGAGAACGAGACGAAUAUUCCAACGACCGACUGAGGGAGAGAAGAGCUCGUAGUGCCUUCUAUGAAUACGAAAGACGUGCAGGCAGUCCCUCGCGGCGUGCGGCCACCUCAGCGCAGAGAGCGGAGAGAGCGGAUAGCCCGGCACGCCGACGGCUAAGGCGGUUACAGACGCUAGACGACUCUAGAGCGCCUAGAUAUUAUUCACCUUCCCCGGACAGAGACGAGUGGAGCGACGAAGGUCCGACCUUGCGACUACCUCGAUCAGGCUGGGGCUCGCGCCAAUCGGACUUGGUAUCGGCACGUGAAGAGACAAAGCAGGUGCCGAUCUGGUUGUGCGUGCUGCUGGUGUCGUCGUACAUAGUUGCGGGCACGUUCCUCUUCAAGCGUUGGGAGGGUUGGGCCUAUUUGGACGCCGCUUACUUCUGUUUCAUUACCCUCACCACGAUCGGGUUCGGUGACUUUGUCCCGGCACAGGGAGCGGCGGCUUCAGCAUCGGCAGCGUCGGACGCCGUUCACUCCAUAGCCUUGUGUUCGUUGUACCUGCUGUUUGGCAUUGCGCUAUUGGCGAUGUCCUUCAACUUGGUGCAGGAACAGGUGCGCGCCAACGUGGCCGCCCUCGCCACGCGCCUGGGCAUUAUUAAGCCGCGCGAUACCGACUACUGAACAACACCUACACGAUUCAUGUCAGAUGCCGCACUCAAUUGAAUCCUAACAAAUUAGAUAUAGUAUCAUAACACAAAACUCAAUCAUCGAUCAGGUUGCGCUAUGUCAAAAACCGCCUAAAUUUAGGAUCAUUGAACACUUCAUUCCGUGGUGUGUAGUGGUAGUAAGGUGGACUCAGUUUCGCCCUGUGACGCACAUUAGCUCCGUUGUGCGUCACAGUGCUUUAAAAGGUGUUAUGUUUUUUUAUUAUAAAAUAUCAAUGACAGUGAUGACACUUGUUUACAAUUAGAUUGUAAACAAUUAAUUAAUUCAUAUAUUAUUUAUUUACUGUAGAUCCACGUACUUAUGAUUGCAUUUCAACCUUCUGAAGCAUUUAUUUUAUAAGUUAUCAUAAUGAUAACGAUAUGUUAAUUCGUACGGAUACGCGAUUAACAGAGCCCAAUAAAGAUUAAUAGGUAGCUAUAUCGUCAACACAAUUACAUACAUAAUUCAUUCGGUUUUUUCAGUUAAUAUUAUAUGCCAUUUAUUAUUAGCUGAAAAAAUGAAUAAAUAACGACUUCUGGAACGUUGCUUACUAUAGCUUUUUUAAUUAUUAAUUAACACGUACAAAUGGAGAUUGUUAAUUUAUUUUUUGUAUGUGUGUGUGUGUUAACUUGGUGUAAGGUGUCAGUUAUA